AUGACUCUUCAGCACAACUCGUUCCUUGCUCUGCUGUUCUGCGUGUUCGUGAUCGGCGGCGGCGCCACCUCGCACGAUGCAGCGCCCCCCGUGAAACUCUCUUCCAGCAAAACCUUUGCUUGGAGAACAGAAAACUGGAGCACAUGCAGCGCUCCCAGCGGAUGCGGCGAUGGCUCCAGAGACAGGCACGUCUGGUGCUCCGAGCCCGAGGGAAAACGCACUCUUGACUACCUUUGCGACCCUGCAGAAAAACCUGAAACCACAAAGGCGUGCUUUACAGCAUGCCGACACCACAGAGAUAAACUGCAGUGGCAAGUUGGGCCGUGGGGUCCGUGCCUGCCAGUGUUUCCGUCCAGCACUGCUAGUGGUCAAAUCAGGGCAUUUUCACCCCUUACUGAGGUCACCCCUGUCGCUGAAUCACUCGCACCUAUAGAGGAGUACCUCGAGGUGGCCGCUGAACCAGAGCUCGAGGACAAAGAUGGUGAGGCCCUGGGUGUAAUGCAGCGGGCGGUGGCGUGCGUGUUGGUUUCGCACGACCUGCAGAGCACACACCGCACCGUGGACGACGACAACUGCUUCACCGUCGCCAGGAAGCCCGAUCCCGUGAGGCUGUGUGGCGUGCAGUCUCCGCAGGACUGCAUCACGUCAGGCUGGUCCGACUGGCAGGGAAAUUGUUCCGACGGCUGCGGAAUCUUGAACGAGACCAGGACGAGGACGGUGCUUGUCGCACCCAGCAACGGGGGAAAACCCUGCCCCGAGCUGACGGAGUCUAGACUGUGCGCCGCCGUGUCCAAAUGCCAAAUCGAAUUGACUGAAAUCAAAAGUAGAGUGAGCGAAUACAAACUGAAGGUGGGCGAGUGGCGGCAGUGCGAGGCUCCGGCCGGGGUGGUCACGGCCGACGUGCUCACAAGGGCAGUUGGUAGUGGAAAGCACGGCAAAAUUAACUUCAGGGAGCAGCAGAACUUCACCUACGAGCCACAAGUUGGUUCACAGUCGCGGGAAGUGACGUGCAGAGAUCUCAACGCGGACAUCGUGGACAUCCAGUUAUGUCUGGAGAACCACUUGAAGCCGGUCGUGCCGCAGAAAGUGCGGCCGUGCGUCGUGAGCCAGGAUUGCGCCGUCGGCCCGUGGUCCGGCUGGAACAAGAUCAGCGAAGGAUGCAUCACUUCCAAUAAUGACGUGCGACCCGAGAUUUUCAAGCGCAAACGGAGCGUUGUAACGAUACAGCAGGGCCAUGGCCAGCCGUGUCCGCACCUGGUCGAGCAGAGGGUGGUCGUCGACCCUGAACUUCUGGGAAAAUGCAUGGACAAGUACCACUGGCUGCCAAGCAGAUGGAGUCCUUGCGUGGUUACCAGGGGUGAUUCAUCAGUGUCACCGAUCUUACCUGUUGCGUGCGGCGGAGGCGUCCAACUGCGGGCGCUCACCUGCGUCGAAUCGCAAAGUGACAGACCCGUCGCCACUGAGAUGUGUGACUCGCUCAACCCACUACCCACUAUUCAAAGAUGUGAAGUUGCGUGCCCUCGGGACUGCGAGGUUGGUCAGUGGUCGGAGUGGAGCCUGUGCAAGUCCCAGAGCUGCUCUGAACUGGCGGGCGAGGUGCCGCUUCAAGGGUUCAGGGAGAGGGAGCGCUUUGUCAAAGUGUCUGCCAGCAAUAUGGGCGUUGAGUGCCCCGCGGUGCGCGAGGUGCAACCCUGCGCUCACCCCGCCUGCUUCUCCUGGAAACUGAGCCGUUGGGGGCCCUGCGAACUGGACCCUGGCCUCGUUAAGUGCGGCGAAGGCCGCAAGUCUCGCUCGGUAGUCUGCGAGUCGAUCGAAGGAGUUGUUUUGGACGACUACAUUUGCGCUAAGCAAGAGAUGAAGCCGCCGACCGAGGAGAUCUGCUUGCAGCCCUGUCCAUUUGAUUGCGUCCUGUCAACCUGGUCCGAGUGGUCAAGCUGCAAUCACCCUUGCUCCUCCGUCAGACAAGGCGCCCUGAGGCAGAGGAACCGCACCGUUGUGGCACCUUCUGGGCCAGGUGGUCAUCCAUGCCCUGACCCUGACGAGAUGCUGCAAAUCGAGGCUUGCAACCUGCACAGCUGUCACGGAUACAGUUGGUUCGCCCUGCCUUGGCAGAAAUGCGAGAUCCAAAACAGCUCCAGCUCCUACAACAGCGUUUUGCAAAAAAGUGAGCCUUACGAGUACGGAGAAGGCGAGGCGCUGUGCGGCAGAGGAGUGCAAAAGCGUGACGUGUGGUGCAUGGAGGCGAACGAAAAGCGAGUUAAAGAUUCAAAGUGCAUGAAUCUGAUGAAACCGGCGGAAAUGAGGAUUUGCAACGCUCCCUGUCCACAGAACUGCGAGGUUUCUUCUUGGACCGAGUGGAGUCACUGUCCUGCAGAUUGUUUAACCGAGGAAGGGAAUCGUAAAAAAAUUGAACCGGCAAUGCAAGUAAGACACAGGGUUGUUUUGCGAAUCCCGAAAUCCGGUGGCACACCCUGUCCCGACCUUGAGGAAGUGCGUACGUGCCCUGAAACUACUGCAGUUUGCAAGAACUAUUCCUGGUGGACUGGAGAAUGGUCGCAGUGUCAGUUGCCGUCAAACGUUGAGUGCGGUCAGGGAUUCCGCACGAGAGCCAUCGCGUGUCUGCUGAACAACAAAACCCGCGUCGAUGCGAGCGAGUGCAUGCAGCUGGGCAGACAGAUUCCAGACAUGAGCGAACCGUGUCACAUGGCCUGCAAUUCUCCCUGCGUAUUUUCCAAGUGGUCUCACUGGUCCGUCUGCCAACAGGCUUGUGGGGGAAAUUCCGUCCGAAGGCGAGCGUUGCUUGGUCUAUCAGCGACCCGUCAAGUGUGCAGGGACACGUUGCAAUUCCCACUAAUUAAUACAAGAGCUUGCCCAUGCAGCGUAUACGAAUCCAAACCUGAGGGAGAGUGGUCGGUAUGCAUUCUAGACAGCAACAACCUGUCCGAGGUAUCCACGAACGGACACCCUCUCGGCACAGCCCUCUGUGGGGCUGGGCGCAGAUUCCGCGCCAGAGCUUGCAGGGACAAGGCAGGAAACCUCGUAGAACCAAGUCAUUGCGGUGACACUGGCUUGGAAGAGGAGCCCUGCUUCGUCCCAUGCUCCGCAGACUGCAUCAUGGGAGAAUGGAGCACUUGGGGCACCUGUAGCGCGCCUUGCGGCCCCGGCAUGCAAAAACGGCAAAGAGAGAUCUUGCAACCCGCGCUGAACAACGGCAGGCCUUGCGGGCCGCGCCUCCAGACCAAAAUCUGCAACACGCUUUGCGAGCUCUUCCGAUGGGCCGUCGGAGGCUGGGAGGACUGCAAACUGCGCAGUGAAGACCAGUUAAGGGGCUGCGGCGCCGGCGAGCAAUCUAGAAGCGUCCAGUGCAUGUACGAACCGCUGCACGAAACUCCUGUAAAAGUCGCCAGCUCCAAGUGCGACCCUGAGUCUCGUCCUGCGAACCACACCAUUUGCCACACCAUCUGCCCUGGUGAAUGUGUCGUCAGUCCCUGGAGUGACUGGUCACCCUGCGAGUUGCCGUGCAGACAAGGUGCACGACGGGAGAGGACCAGGGCCGUGUUGCGAGCACCUGCCCUCCACGCAACUCGCACCUGCCCGCCACUAAUCGAGUCCCAAGAAUGCAUUUUAAACAUCACCUGCUUCACGUACGAAUGGACCAGUUCAGAGUGGUCAAGUUGCUUGCCUCUGGGUGGAUCACCAUGCGGCGAAGGAAUUCAGCACAGGGGAGUGGUUUGCUCCAGAUCCGAUGGCAGGCCGGUCAACGAUAGGUUAUGUUCGGCUCACCAAAAACCGACGCCCUCGGAGAAGUACUGCUACAUCGACUGUCCGGUGGACUGCGAGGUUGGCGAAUGGAGCAAGUGGAACGCGACGCAGUGCGCCUGCGGAGGGACCGGCUCGAAGAUGCGUCGCACCAGGUUCAUCCAGACCAACCCAAGCGAAACCGGGAGACCUUGUCCAAAGAAGCUGAAGCAGUUCAAACCCUGCCCAUUGGUGCCCUGUUUUACCUGGGUCAGGGACGAGUGGUCCAAGUGCGACCUUCACGGCGCCGACUGUGGGCACGGUGUGGUCAGGAGAAACGUCACUUGCAGGAGGGAGUUCACAGUUUCCCAGGGAGAUGAAAAACUUCUGCCGAUGGCCAUUAGUGACGAGAUGUGCUAUGCUGGGUACAAAAACUUGCCCCCGCUCUUCAGCGACAGAUCUUUCCUCGAGGUCGCCCUUGACCUCAAGAAGGAAGACACAUGCUACGUGCCAUGCAGAGGGGAUUGCGAAGUCGGAGAGUGGAGCCGCUGGAGCCACUGCCACAGAAACUGCAAAGAUGGAGAGCUGGGAGGGUAUCAGACUCGAUCGAGAGCGGUUCUGAAGCCGCCGAAACAAAACGGUGAGCCGUGCCCGGCUGCGCUGUGGGAGACACGUCCCUGCUUUUCCGGACCUUGCCUCACCUACGACUGGGUUGUGCGCGACGGCAAAAUCGUGUGCGAGCGCUCUGACGGCGAACAGAUAACCGGGUCGUGCGACGGAAAGCCGCGGCCCUGCCUGCCCGCGUGCACCGUGUCCAAUUCUGUGUGCACCCCGGAGGGCGUGUGCACCUGUGCGCCGGGCUUUGGGGCGCGGUACGCUGAGGGCAUCCACCGCCACACCGUGCGGACACUCAAGGCCUGCGUCGACAUGAAUCACGUUCAAAUGUCACAGGCUCGCCGGGCCCUCGAAGAAGCCGAGAUCCAGGCCCACUUUUAUUAUCCAAAGGAAGAUGACAUGAGCAUAUGGAUGUUUGCAAUGAUCGGCAUCGGCUUCGUCUUCAUUGUAUUCGUUGCUCUAUCACUGUACAUUAUGUGUCGAACGCCGUCUGCGUAUGAAAACGAAGGAGUUGUCCAGGAAAAGAGGGAGACAAUGACAGUAAGAGAAAAUCCACAAGCAAUGCUGAACCCGUGAGACUCUUGGGAACCAAUCAAACCAGUGCAAUAGCGAUCUAGAGUGUGUGCAUCGGUUGGACUUUGCAGUGAUCGUGGACGCAGAGCAAAUGAUAGCAAGGUUUCAAUCUAAGUAAUAGCUGACCACAUUUUUUUCACGUACUCGUCGGUGUGUUCUAUAAAACGAGAUAUUCCUUUAUGAUGUUUGAAACACGAAUCUUAAGUACGUUCCUUUCCUUGCACCUGCGCGCGACGAAGGUUUUUAUCGAGCGUUGACCCGCCUUCAAGCAGGAUUUCUUAUCAGUCUGUGUCGAAUUUCAGUUUACAAGCAAUGUCGAGACAAAUAAAGUUCUACAUAUGUAUGAUUGUACAGCAGCUACGAUUAAGCGCGGCCGCCAGGCUAGUUUAAGUGUCGUCCUCAACUUGUAUUUUUGUAAAGAAGGUGUAAAUAUAUUUUCGUGAUCUCUAACUUAAGUUAAUUUUUAUAUGGUUCAACUUUGCAGCGAGUCUUCUCGAAUGAAAUGUAAAAUCAAGAGUGAGAGAAAAUUGAAAACCGUUACAUGUAUAAAAAGCGAAACUUAAAUUACCAUAUAAUGUUGUGUAUUUUUGUUGAAUAUAUGUAAUUUGCUUUUCUUGACUAUAGACUUUUUGACUUAAUAAAGUGGAAAUGUACAGUUAA